AAAUCUUUAAUCUUGCUCGGAAAGCGGUUCGGUCUGCGGUUGAGAUGGGUGGUGAAUCUCUUGACCAUCUUAAAAAAAGUCUGAAUAACUGGUUUGCCGAAGAAGAACAAAGAUUGGCCCAUACCAAUAAUGAUAACAAGGAAAAUUUUGAUUCCAGCUAA